AUGUGCGCAUUUGUGCAUUGCUUACACAAUGCCUAUACAGAUGGUUGCCAAUGUAACUUGCAUUUGAAGCAGUUUUAUGCCACAUAUCAAAAGUUUCAACCCCAGUGUCAUAAUAAUUCUUCAGCGACACCAACGUUUUUGCCUACUCAGCCUAAUAGAGUAACUACAAGCGUAGAUUAUAAGUGCCGUCCCUCUUAUGAUGAUGCGUUGCAAUACAAAACAUGUUCGAUAUUUGGCAGUUGGCACUUGCGAACAUUUGAUGGUGGACUACAAAGUUGCACCUCUUCUAUCUCACGAAGCCAAAGUGGAUCAUGGCCUGUAGUUAAAAACAAGCACUUCAUGGUGCAGGGCAGUUUCCAUACUGCUAACCAAUAUACUACAGCACUGCGAAUGAAUAAGGUAUCUGUAGUUAUUAAGGAAGAAGACUGUACCAGUCCCAGAAUUUAUAAAGCGUCGAUUGAUAAUAUUCCAAGCGUAUUUACUAAUGGCAGUCCGAAAGGUAAAGGAAUACGCGUGGAAGUCCUAAAAGAGAAAGUUAAGAUGAAAAUAGUAAUUGAACGAAUCAAUACUAGCAUCAUUGUUCAUCAAACCGGGCCUUUUUUAGCAAUUAUAAUUACGGUUCCUUCUUCUAUCGAAUAUACACUGACUGAUAACGAUAAUUUACCUGUAAUCUGUGAACGUGGUUGCCCGAAAGUAUACGGAAAUGAUUUCGACGAACCUACAAAAGAUUGGUCGUCAAUGUAUGGUGGCAGUGCUUACAACAAUUGUUCUUUAUCAAAUUUUACAAAUUAUUAUUUAUAUACUUGUACGGUAGAUUUAAUUACUUCCGAUAAUAUUACAGCGCUAAUGUGGACUACAAGCGCUAUGGAAGAUUUCUAUGAGAGCAAUGGUGGACCAACCCAAAAUGAAACGAUCGCCCAAUUUUUUACCACCCCCGCAACUGAUAAUGUCGCGUUAAAGUUAUCAAAGUCGUCAUUAGUAGUCUUCAUAAGUUGCGUGUUAUGCAUGUUAUUAAUCAUGUAG